UCUGUGUUUGUCCUCAGCGGUCUAUUAAGAUUUUAAUUAGCUGAUAACGUACGUUGUGACAUUUACGACGGACUGGUCAGGGAGCGACGACGAAACGCACGGCUCCGAUUAUGGAAAAGGAGUCCAGGUUUGAAGAACUCUGAUCGUAUUGGCUCCACGGCCAGCCAGGUGGCCAGUCAGGCAACAGCAAGGCUCUCUGAAGAGGGAGACCAACAGUGAGACUGGGAGACCCUCUGACCACACCUGCACUGCCUCACCUGUCCCACCCCAUCGUCACUGCCAUGUCUAUACCCAGCAGCAGCCCGGAAAGAGAGGGCUCUGGUGGCACUCUCCCUCAGCUAGAGUGCCCUUCUUCCCCUCCCAGCAUGGACCCAGAUCCCCCGUCGACAGGCAGCCCAGUGCUCAGCCCAGACUCAUCUUCCCAUGAUGCAGUUCUGUCGGCACCAGCGGCCUCUCCAGCAGACUCCGAGAACCUGAGUCCUGAUGAACUGGAGCUACUGGCCAAACUGGAGGAACAGAACAGGUUGUUGGAGGCUGAUUCCAAGUCCAUGCGGUCGAUGAGCGGCUCACGGCGCAACAGUGGCUCCUCACUGGUGUCAAGCUCCUCUGCCUCUUCCAACCUGUCACACCUGGAGGAGGAUACCUGGAUCCUGUGGGGCCGCAUCGUCAACGAGUGGGAGGAGUGGAGACGCAAAAAGGACAAACUCCUGAAGGAGUUGAUCAGGAAGGGCAUCCCUCAUCAUUUCAGGGCCAUCGUCUGGCAGCUGCUAGGCAACGCCACUGACAUGCCGGUGAAGAACCAGUACUCUGAGCUGCUAAAGAUGUCCUCCCCCUGCGAGAAGCUCAUCCGCAGAGACAUCGCCCGCACCUACCCCGAGCACGAGUUCUUCAAAGGACAGGACAGCCUGGGGCAGGAAGUCCUCUUCAAUGUCAUGAAGGCGUACUCUCUGGUGGAUCGAGAGGUGGGCUACUGCCAAGGCAGCGCAUUCAUCGUUGGCUUGCUGCUUAUGCAGAUGCCCGAGGAGGAGGCGUUUUGUGUUUUUGUGCGUCUGAUGCAGGAGUACCGUCUGAGGGAGCUGUUCAAACCCAGCAUGGCUGAGCUGGGCCUCUGCAUCUACCAGUUUGAAUAUCUGCUGCAGGAACAACUUCCAGAGCUGAACGUCCAUUUCCGCUCCCAGAGUUUCCACACAUCCAUGUACGCCUCAUCCUGGUUCCUCACCCUUUUCCUCACCUUCCUCCCUCUGCCUGUCGCCACUCGCAUCUUUGAUAUUUUCAUGUAUGAGGGUCUUGAGAUUAUCUUCCGUGUGGGCCUGGCCAUCCUGCAGUACAACCAGACUGACCUCAUUCAGCUGGACAUGGAGGGCAUGUCGCAGCAUUUCCAGAAGGUGAUCCCGCACCAGUUUGACAGCUGCCCAGACAAGCUGAUCCUCAGGGCCUACCAGGUCAAAUACAACCCCAAGAGGAUGAAGAAACUUGAAAAAGAAUACACCACAAUCAAGAACAAAGAAAUGGAGGAGCAGAUUGAGAUCAAGAGAUUACGCACAGAAAACAGGCUGCUGAAGCAGAGGAUUGAGACGCUGGAGAAGGAGAGUGCUGCUCUGGCAGACAGAUUGAUACAGGGUCAAGUGACGAGGGCACAGGAAGCAGAGGAGAACUACGUGAUCAAGCGGGAGCUGGCGGUGGUGAGGCAGCAGUGCAACACAGCCAGCGAGAGCCUCGAGAAAGCGCAGGACACCAUCAGAGAGCUGCAGCAACAGAGGUACACAGAGCCGUUUGUGAGCAGCCUGCAGACCCAGCUGGAGCAGUCCAGACUGCGAGAGGCUGAGCUGCUCGGAGCGCUGAAGGAAAUGCAAGACAAGGUGCUGGACCUGGAGAAGAGGAGCAGUUGCCUGCCUGAUGAGAACAACAUGGCAGCUCUGCAGGAGGAGGUGAAGCAGAUGAAGCUGAGGGAACUGGAGACGCUACGCUCCUUCAGAGAGAUGCAAGACACUGUCACUGAGCUCAACCAGCGCUGGCAGCACCACAUGUCCCGUGGCAGCAGCACUGGCGGUGGGGGUGGCCACUGGAAGGAAUCACCGAAGAAGAACGCCAUGAACGAGCUGCAGGACAAACUGAUGACGGUCAGACUGAGAGAGGCUCAGGCCCAGGCGGAGCUCCGGGAGGUCAAACUAAAAGUCCUGCAGCUGGAGAGCCAGAACCAGAUCCACAGCAAGUUGAUUGGUCGCCAUGAGCAGGAACGCUCUGCCCUGCAGGACCGGCUCCAGAUGCUGGCCAAUCAGAACAAAGCUCUCCAGGCCCAGCUAAACGAGAUGAAAAGGAAGCAGGCCGAGUCCGACUGCAAGAGUAAAGAGGAGGUGAUGGCAGUGCGACUGAGGGAAGCAGACAGUAUGGCUGCCGUGGCUGAGCUCAGGCAGAAGAUCGCUGAACUCGAGAUACAGAAGGAGGAAGGGCUGAUCCAGGGCCAGUUGAACCAUUCAGACUCCAGGCAGUACAUCACCCAGCUGCGGGACCAGAUCGCUGAGCUCAAGAAUGAGAUCAGGCAGUUGCGAGGGCAGAAGGGAGCCCCCAGCUCCAGGGUCAGCAGUGGAGGCAUAAGUACCAACUACCAGGACCUCUGCCUAGCCAGCCCCGCCUCUGCUGAGGGGGACUACCUGAGCUCAGAUGAGGACCUUCUUCCAAGCCCAUUGCCUCCCAACGCCCUCUACCCCACCCUGUCCGGUCCGUGUCACCCAUCUGCCCGCCUCGACAGCGAGGGCAGCACGGACAGCGAGGCGGAGGAGCGCAUGCGGACACACCCAGACCCACAGCAGUUGUACGGCAGCAUGGUGUGCGCAGAAGGGCUGGAUAAUUGAGACCUGGAAUGGGUGCAAAGAUUCCAUUGGAUUUCUUUGACCUAAAGAGACGCUGGAGCACUACAGGACAGAACUGCUACUGUAUACCAGGACUGUAUUAUCCAAUCCAGUCCUCCUCCUCGGUUUUUCCAGUGUUUACCUUUUACUUGAUGCAGACAUAAUGGCAUUGAUUGGACCUCUUUUGGUCAUCACUACCUGUAGUCUCCGCUCCCAUUACUGCCUCCACCACCUUGUUCCCCUCAGUGUCCGUUCCCUGUCAGUGAGGUAAUAUAAAGCCUCUCUCCUUGUUCCCACAUGUAACUGUCUGUCAAAAUACAUAUCCAUCCAAACACAAACAUAUAACACACAAACAAACUGAGUCUGGACCAGAAAGGCCGUUGCUGCUCGCUGCUCGAGAUCAACCACGGGACCCGUAUCUGUGAUCAUGAUGAGGAGUGACACACGGGUAGACAGACAGAAAAGAACUAGUCCCUCUCCUUGUAAACUGAAUAAGACACUUGACUCACUGUACGCUCUGUCUACCCUUAUAUAAGUCUCCUUCCUAAUUGGUUCAGAGUUAAAUAUAUCUUUAUCCUAUCUUUUCCCUUUUUAUGGCUUUCUUUAGAAAGAAACACAUCCAUCCUCACUGCCUUCAGAAAAAAAAAACUUGCAUCAGCUAUCCAUUCACAGAAGAAAAUUCAAAAUGGUGAUGAGUAUGAGGAGGAAAGGUGCAGUGUAGGAACAUGUACACAUCAAACUAUCAGAAGGUGGCAUUGAUAAGUGAUUCAUGAACACUUUAACAUACUAAAUGUGUGUGUUGUCUUCGUCUGUGGCUUGCAGAAAAUGCGAAGGCAAGCAAGUUAAUACAACAGCUCAUGUCAAAACAUAUUCACCAUAACCUGCAAAAAAGGAAGGAAGAUACUCAAUGUUGCCAAAUCUUUUGUUUUUAAAUUAUUUAAAUGUUGUAAUUUAUUUUGAUAUUUUUUUAUUUUUUAUAUAUCUAUAUGAAACAAUAGGAGCGUAGAGAUACCGACAGAGGCCAAACUUUCUACAGCGUCCUUUGUGCCAACUAGUCGUCUGUUGCAGGUUUACUGUGACACUGAGCGUUUCAGAGACAGAAAAAGUGCUGCUAUGAUUUUUGAAUUUUACUUUUAUUUUGUUCUUUCUCUUGUUUUUCUUUUAAUCUUUGUGAGCAGUUUAACAUGAUUACUCCUUGCAGCUUCUCAACAUCUAUCUUUGAUGGGAACCACACGGUUUCCUUCAAAACCUAAACACUAUCAUUGUGUAAGUAAGUGUGAGUUAAAGUUUGACAUUUUGGGAACUAUGUUUGCUCUCAGGCAGACAGCUGUGAAGGCUGAACCCCACCCCCACUCCCUCGAAUUGUGCCCACAAGUGGUAAAAUGUUAAAUGCUAAAACAUAGAGUAACACUGGCACAAGUAAAGAAAAAGCUAAACUGUCUAAGUUACAUAGCAAAUUUUGCUAACAUUAGCUAACACCAACAGCUAACAUAGGCCAACAUAAGCUAAGGGUCACACCAGACCAAGUGAGGCUAUAGCAGCUAGUAAAAUUAAUUUGUAAAAUAAUUAUUCUUUCCUCUUUGAAGAGCUAUUGUUUUUUUGUCGCUUUAAACAAAGCAGAUAUGUGCUCACUAAUGAGCUUUAGAGGUACCGGUAGCCUUUGGCUAAAGCUUGGCUAGCUGUUGCCCCCCUGUAUCCAUAUCUUUAUGCUAAGCUAAGCUAACCAUCUCCCAGCUGUAGUUUCAUGAAUAUCAAGCAGAUAUUAGAGUGGUAUCAGUCCUUUCAUCUAAGCAAGUAAACAUAUUUCCCAAAAUGUCAGACUGUUCCUUGAAUUGUCUUACAAGCAAAAACCCAGGUAACAGUGCUGAUCUGGAAUCACCAGUUCAUGCUCUCAUAUCACCUUCUGACAACUAAAACUGCAGCAUGUGGGAUAACGAAAGUGGAGGGUGUAGUUCAUAUUGUAAGGACGCCAACGAAAAGGCUGUCUUCAUGACUGGAGAGCGUGUGGGUGGAAAAUAUUUUACAUAUCAAACAUUAAUAUAUUCUGUGUAGAAAAAAGGGUGUAAAUGUAUGGAGAAAUAUGAAAUAUACAGCGUGACAGGAACAAAAGUAUAUAAACAAGAUUUAAAACUAUCAUUGUCAGUCAAGUCUUACUGAAGACAGUGAGAAGAAGAGUGUGUAUUGUUUCUCAGACAGGGUGUCAUGUACAGCAAUGGUCUCUGCUUUUUGCACUACAAAGAAGGAGAAACUCUCUGCUCAUGAUAUGAGGCAGUGAGAGAUGGUUUGGAUUAAUGAAUUCAUGGUGGGAUCAUUUCUUAUUGUAUUUAGCUCGGAGGGACCUUAACGUGAUCUAAGAACUUUGCUGCAAGAUUAACCGUCCAGACUUUGCAUUGUGCUUCAUUAUUCCUUGGACUGAUGUUAGAGGAUUUUCUCAAAGUUCUCUGAAGGCCCACUUUAUGCUUCACAGUUCUUUUUUGUGCAAUAGAAAUGAAAGAAUGGUAAAGCAGACUAUCGUUGCCAUCCUCUCAGAAAUAAGGAAAUUGGAUUUCCAGUCAUGGCCGUCUAAAACUAAAGAGGAUGUUGGUUUGCCCACCAUUCUGUUGCAAAUAACAGCUUUUUAGUGGUCAUUGGUGGGUGUAGUAACUGAAAUCUCUACACUGGAAUCAGUGUUUGGAUAUCAUCAGACCUUUUGAGUGUUUUACAAAUGGAUCCAGUUGAGCUCCUUCUAGUUCUCAGUAUGUACAGAAUGUAGACUGGCGCCAGCUCUGUUGAGCAUGAGAUUUUAGCCUUUAAAGCCAUUUACUUUGCGUCACAACUGGCUGAACUGGUCACUUAAAGUUAUAAUCCUUCAGAUUUUUACUAUAGGCUAUCAAACCCCAUUUUUCAUAAUAAUUUUUUGCUAGCAAUAGCUAUUCAGUGCGGUUUCACUCUGUAAUUGCCUCUUUAUAUAGAAGUUUUCAUUGUUAUUAGCAGAGUCUGUCUCUCCCUCUCCCAAGAUUCAAAGGAUUUGCAGGAAAUUGACUGAACAUGAUGUGCAAGACUUAAGUCAUGAGCGCUUUUCACUUAGUACAACAUUCGCACAUCAUGAAUUAAAUAUUACUGUUGAAAAACAGUGGGUGGGUUUCCAUCCAUUUGAACAUUAAAAAUCCUUUUUGAAAACAGUGACAGACAUAAAUAUCAGAUCUGUCUGAAGCAGUGAGGAGACUAACUUUCCUCAUAUUAAUGCAUGAAACAAACAUAUUUUAUUUUCCAUAUUCCACGUUUCCAUCAUAUUUUUAACAUUUGAGGGUAGUUUGGUACUAUUUGAAGUAUAUCAUCUUGUUGUGCACUCUUCUUCUGUGAUGGUUUAAUCUGACUAGAUGAUCACAGCAUUCAUUUGCGUGCUCUUUUGGCGAUUUUCUAGAAAUUGGGUUAAAAUUUGCACCAUGUUCGGAUGGAAACCUGGCUGUUCUUGACUAUUGUCUGACUAUUAUUUUCAUUUUCUGUAUUAAAAUAUUGAGGUGAUAAAUCUCAUUAUUCGUUUGGCUGCACCGUAGACAUACGCACAAAUUGCUCUUCUUCUGUUGCAUUUCUGACAGAUUAACUGUUCAAAGCAUGUUUCAGACUUAACUCUGGGACCUGCAUCACUAAAACGUGUUUGCCAUUACCACCAGUAUCUAUAGAUUUUUGCGACUGAAAUCUUAAUUAUCUCAGUUUGGAUUCCAGUCAAAAAGUAUAUAAACUAUUUGUCGGAAGUUUUUAGUUCAGGACUGAGUGUCCUUUCCAAAAUUAAAACUAAUCCGGACCCAGAUCAGUGUUUAGUGUCCUUCAGCACAUAAACACAUCUGUACACUGCUGUUCAGUGAUGGUGCUCUGUUCUCACCACUGUCUAAACACAACUCUAUCUACUGUGAUGAAACAUUUUGAUAUGUUUGUAACUUACUUUUGAAUAUGGUACUAGCUCUCAUCCUUAAUGUUAUUUUUAUAAUUGCCAUUGUUUUCUCCUGCCAACAGCAUUACAUGAGAUGACAAUGAUUAAACAUCAUAAUGUGCCAUAAAAGUAGGGAGAUUUACACACUAUGCUGAAUGACUUAAUGUACGUUUAACAAGGUUUUCAUCAACAAAUCAGCCACUACAGCCCUUCAUUAAACAGCCAUGUAAUACAAAGUUAAUUUUGCGUGGAUUGAAAUACAACCGAACUGUGUCGCUUCUAAUUUAACAUCUUGAAACUGGAACACCCAGCACGUGUUUUCCCUGAUUUAAAGCAGGAAAUACAACAACAACAGAGUUUUUCCUUACUGACAGUCCUCAUCCUGGUUAGUCUGGUGUAGGAUUUCUCAGAUUUACGUGCUGUAUGUGACAGCUGUUCGAUAUCCACAGCAUUAUCCCCAGGAACCUUGUCCACCCUCUCUCUUUCUCUCUUGCAGUUCAGCUGAUGUUGUUGUCAAAUAUAUUAAAUGACAGUAAAGAUUAUAUAAAUUCCAGUAUGAUGGGGAAAAAAAAUACAUUUCAGUGUUCUGUAUCCUAUGAAUGAUACAAAAUAAACUUUGACAUUGCACCUUUG